AUGGAGAAAAAAAGUUUGAAAGAUCGCUAUGGUGUUGUUGGUAGUAGUAGUAGGGAUUGCAACUACAACAACAACAACGUUAACAGGAUGGUUCAAGAUUCAUGGUAUGGAGAAGACAAUUAUCUUUCUAGGUUUUCAUGGCCUCCAAGAUCUUACACUUGUAGCUUUUGCAAGAGAGAAUUUAGAUCUGCUCAAGCACUUGGUGGACACAUGAAUGUUCAUAGGAGAGACCGAGCCAGGCUAAGACAAUCACCUCCAACUCCAAGAGAUGUUCUUCAUCAUGCUCAUGGUCAGUGCCCUAAAUUACUUAACCUUAACCUUAGCCCUAAUUGUGCUAACCCUAAUUUCUCUUCUUCUUCCUCAUCGUCAACAUCAUUGGCUUCUCCUACUACUUUUUCUUGCACAUUACCUUCUUUGGUUUCUCCUUCUUCUAUGUCACUUGGUGAGAAGAAGAUUUGGGAUCAUGAUCAUUUGAGCCCGAAAAGCGCAAAUUUGGGGAGGAAGAUGAAGAGUGCAAGACCGUUUUUCGGGGAUGACCAAGAAUUUGAGGGUUAUACAAAUGGAGAUGAGUAUAAGAUUCUUAAGAAGGCUGAGAUUGUUAGAUUGGACUUGGAGAUUGGUCUAAUCAGUGAAUCAAAGGAGGAUUUAGACCUGGAGCUUCGAUUAGGGUACUAAUGAACAAAGACUAAUAUCAGUUAUCAGUCGAGGAUUGCGCUGAGUUUGUGAUCAUUAGGAGCUGCAA